AUGAGAUUCAUUCAGACACUCGGUUUCGUCUCUUGCGCUUUCGCAGCUGCUCUUCCAGUCGACUUUGAGAGGCGCGAUGUUGCAGGCCAAGAUGUCGCAGGAACAGUUGGCAAGGUCGUUACUGUUCCCGGUGCGGUUGUCAAUGGAGCAUCCGGUGUGCUUCAGCGCGAUGCGCCAAUUGUAGGCGAUGUCCCAACCGCUGCUGAGAAGGUCGGUGGUGUUCCCGGAAAGGUCGUCGGCACUGCUGGCAACGUGAUUUCACGCGACCUCCCCGUUGUUGGCGACACUCUCUCCAGCGUGGAGACGGUCCCCGGCUCUGUCGUUGGUGGCGCUGGCAACAUUGUUAAGCGCGACCUCCCCGUUGUUGGCGACACUCUCUCCAGCGUGGAGACGGUCCCCGGCUCUGUCGUUGGUGGCGCUGACAACAUUGUUAAGCGCGACCUCCCCGUUGUUGGCGACACUCUCUCCAGCGUGGAGACGGUCCCCGGCUCUGUCGUUGGUGGCGCUGGCAACAUUGUUAAGCGUGACCUCCCCGUUGUUGGCGACACUCUCUCCAGCGUGGAGACGGUCCCCGGCUCUGUCGUUGGUGGCGCUGGCAACAUUGUUAAGCGUGACCUCCCCGUUGUUGGCGACACUCUCUCCAGCGUAGAGACGGUCCCCGGCUCUGUCGUUGGUGGCGCUGGCAACAUUGUUAAGCGUGACCUCCCCGUUGUUGGCAACACUCUCUCCAGCGUGGAGACGGUCCCCGGCUCUGUCGUUGGUGGCGCUGGCAACGUUGUUAAGCGCGGUAUCGACAGCAUUCCAGUUGCUCCCCAAGUCAUCGACGGCGUUGUCGCGCCAGUUGUAGCAGCACCUGGCACCACCCUCGCCGACGCGAUCCCCCAGUAGAAGAAACGUCAAUUGAUCCUGACCAAGAUCACUAUGUCCUGGAACCACCCAGUACAAGGCUGUAUGAUUCCCCGAGAUGAUACGAGACAAGCGACGCCCUACAAGAUUCCUCGAUGACCUGUGUCUGGGAUAUGUGGGGGAUUCUAUUCGUCCAGGUGAUAGGAGAUGUUCUUCCAUAGCCCACCGUGUUCAACGCCGCUGUCCUGAUAGCGCAUCUCUUAAUAGCACUAUUUCAUUCUGCA